AUGGAAACCUUGAACAAAAAGAAAAAAAGAACAUUACAAAAGCAAAAGCAUGGCAAUUGUGCAGUUGUACUAUCAGCUGUUAAGAUGAUCCUUCAACAAAUGGAUCUCAUCACCAGUACUGAUGUGGUCUGGAAUCUUUGCAAAAAAAGGGCCCGUCCUCUUGUGACAUUAGUCUCAGCAGAACCUGAGAUACAAUAUAUUGCCCUACGAAAUAUCAAUCUUAUUGUACAAAGAACACCGACAAUUCUUGAACAUGAAAUUAAGGUGUUCUUCUGCAAAUACAAUGACCCUAUCUAUGUGAAAAUGGAGAAAUUAGAAAUUAUGAUAAAGCUUGCUACAGAUCGAAAUAUAGACCAGGUUUUAUUGGAAUUUAAGGAAUAUGCUACUGGAGUUGAUGUAGAUUUUGUUAGAAAGGUUGUUCGUGCAAUUUGCUGUUGCAUCAUCAAAUUAGAGAGAGCAGUUGAGAGAUGCAUUAGUGUAUUGCUUGAGUUGAUCAAGAUAAAAGUAAAUUACGUGGUUCAAGAGGAAAUCAUUGUUAUCAAAGACAUAUUUAAACGAUCCUCCAACAUAUAUGAGUCCAUAAUUGCAACUCUUUGUGAGAGCUUAGACACUUUGGAUGAGCCUGAAGCUAAGGCAUCAAUGAUCUGGAAAAUUAGUGAAUAUGCGGAAAGAAUUGACAAUGCUCAUGAGCUUCUUGUCAAUAUUGCUACAUUAUCUUUUGUUUAUCACAGCCACCCAUGUUUCCAUAAUAUAAUUCAACAGCUAUCUCUAAAAAUCAUUAACCCCAAAAACCGUCUAUGUUCAUAA